ACACAGUAACACAAGAAGUAGAAUAGCGAGAACAGGAUGAUAACAAGUCGAGAUAUUUAAGUCGGAGACAAGACGAAAAUCGGACACUUUAUUUUAAAUAAUGGAACAGAAACCAUACGUAGCAUAUUUAGGACUUCUAAUAUUGGCUGUAAUACAUAUUAAGCCAAUAGAGAGUACUGCCUCUGUGUCGCUAAAACUGAUAUAUUUUGAGAACUCCAACGGCCAUGGCCACAAUGGUCAUUGUUGCGAUGGACGAGGAAUAUUCUGCGAAUCCGGCGGAGGUCGUGGCGGCUGUGACCACUACUUCAUCAUGUGUCUAGACACGGUCGAUAGCCAACAGGCGAGCAAUGGUAAAGUAUGUCCCUACGGCAAAGUCAGGACAGGAAAAACGGAGAGUAGCCAUAUCUCAUUUGGAUCUAGAAUUGGUGGAUCAACAGCAAAUCCCAUGACAUUCCAAAAUGUGCUAACAUCAUAUCCGGGUGGGAUUCUGAUCAAGGCUGACAUUUGGGAUGAUGAUUCCGGACAAGUAUUUGGAGGAGAUGACGAUUUCGUUGAUUAUCUGACGAAAAAGGUUUACGUCCCUGCGGCAAGAUCAAGGGCUGAAGCAACGCCAAAGAGGUUUAGGAUGCAAAGACGAGUAAAACUUGAUAUAGAGGUCUCAGUGUAUUGUGAUUACAACUACUACGGGAGUGACUGCUCGGUGUACUGUCAGGCCCAAGAUGAUUACUACGGUCAUUACACAUGCGAUCCAGAUUCUGGUUCAAAGAUAUGCAAUUCUGGAUUUUAUGGUGAAAAUUGUGAUAAAGCCGUGGAUGAAUGUGCCAGCUACCCUUGUCUUAACGGGGGGACUUGUAUUGACAAUCACAACGAGUUCACCUGCGAGUGUGCCAUUGGCUUUAGGGGGAUCACGUGCGAAAUCAAUAUUGAUGAUUGUUCUCAAUCGAACUGCACAAAUAACUCCACUUGCCAAGAUGGGGUUAACUCCUACACGUGUAUCUGUGCAGAAGGAUUCCGUGGAGAAUUCUGUUCCCAAGUUAUAACAACAUUAAGUCCAACUACCAUCAGUGUGAAUUUAACUACAAAGCCAAAGCCCACACCAGAGGUCAAAUUGUUAAAGUAUAAUGACGACAAGCCUCUGCGUGGUGAUAUGGCGGCCGUUUCCUCUCCACAGAAAGAUGGGUCUUGGAUUGAGGGCCACAUCCAUUUCAUCAUCAUCCCAAUUGUCCUUAUUGUCAUCAUAGCGUUCCUAUUGCUCUUUGCAUUCUGGUACAGAAGGCACCGAUCGAAGAAGACAGUUGAGAAUGACCAUGAACUUGACGAUAGUGUUUAUGCCUCAAUUGGUGAAAACACUAGGCGGAAUAUUGUCAAAAACUGUACACCCGUUUUCAACAAUGAGACAUACCUACAAGUGAGCACCAUACCAGACGUUAAAGAAACUCAUGACAUGGAUGCUGAAAAUGCGCGUACCCUAAAUGGAGUCGCGUCCGGCACAAUUGCCAUUCCAAAUCGCACUUUGCAAGAUGGCGCUGUUCGUCCAGAAGAGAAUAUUCCAUUGGUAUACUCAGAGCCAGAGAAUGAGUACAGCGUCCUUGGGAACCCGGAUGAAGGAUAUAUGGUCCCCAAAUCCUAUAAACACCAAGAAGCCCCAGCCCUUCCAGCAAGAAAUGAGAACCUGUACUCCUCACCACCAAACAAUGCUCCUAUUAGAGAACAGAUGGCGCCACUUGAUGUAUAGCAGGAAUCCACUUCAACGCAUGCGCAGUCACAUAAUAAAAAGUGAAACUACAAUUCUCAAACGGGUUGCAUAACAGCUGCUUUAAAGUACACAUGAUUCACAACAAUUUGAUAUUUUUAUAUUUUUUAUAUUUAGAUUAGGCUUUUUGUAUGUGAUGUCUUUUGAUUUUUAUUUACAUCUUUUGAUCAGAGUUUGUUUUAAAUCUUAAUUGAUAUUUCCUCACUAGGUGUGUUGUAUAUACCAUGACUAGUUGAAAGCCCAUGGAAUAUCAGAUCAUUUUGAGUGAU